AAGUUCUAAAAUAUCAUCUAGUUGACAAGAUGGAGUAAUAAAAUCCAUUAAGGAACAAAGAGAACAAAAGAAAGAUGUUGGCGAUACAGUAAUAGAUGCAUUACAAGAUUAAACUUUAAAAUAUAAAGUUAGAAUAUAUCUUCUGACUCAUCAAUUGAAACUCUAGACAAAAAAAGAAUGGAAGACAUUAGUUCAUUGGGCAUAGUGAAUACAUCGACGAUCUUUUUGAAAGCCAAUCUAGAAUAUUUACGAGGAAAUAACGCAGAAAGGCAAUACAAUUUUUGAAUUCUAAAAUGAAAGAAAAUUUAGAUUUUAAGUAUGUUGUAUAUGUUAACUACAAAUUAAAUUAAUGCAUUGUGUGGCGAAUCUUCUGCCGUUUUAUUUUACAAUAAUAUGGCAUGUUUGCAUCUUGCGAUGGGUAAGCCGACUUUGGCUUCUUCUUGUCUUCAGAGAGCUUUGCGUGCAAAUAAAAGUGCGUUGGAGAGCAUGCAAGUCAAAGAUACUGAUCCCUUAUCUUCUCAACCGUUAUAUACGCUCGGUGGUAAUAAACAUAAUGAGCUAAUGUACAGUUUAGGCGUAACAUUGUUGUACGCUGGUAAAGCGUCGAAAGCCUUUGAUUGCUUCACAGAAGUGGCACAGAGAGUACACAAUAAUCCUAAACUUUUGCUUAGAAUGGCAGAAUGUUGUAUCUACAAUCAUAAAUAUUCAAACGAAAUCGAUUUUGAUAUUUCAAAACGACGUAAAGAUUUAGUGCAAAAAAUUAUAGGUUCUGGUAUCCAUAGAAAAAUUAUAUUAGCCACAUCUCUCUCAAAAGAUGUUAGAUAUUAUUCCGAAGGUCUAUCCUAUGCAAUUCCACAGCCAACAUUAGAAUUUGGGUACUUGUGUCUAAAAAAUGCACUACUUUUACUACCGAACAAUAAUGAGCCGAAUGUACCUGUAACAACUAUGGCGAAUUCAGUACCAUUAUCAUUAACGUCUGGUCACAAUUUAGGUAUUCAACAUGCAGCAUUAAUAUCACGAGCUACAACUAUUGAAUCUUUUAAUUUAAAAAUUAGUAUCUUGACUGCUAGCGCUUAUGUUUCUUUAUGUCUUGGAGAUUAUAUACUUUCCUUGGAACAUGCAAAAACUCUGUUGAGCUUUAAUAAGUUACCCGGAGCAUAUAAAAUGUUAGGGAAUUUGUAUGCCGCUGAAAGUUUGAUAUUUAUGGACAAAAUCAGUGAAGCACUCGAGUAUCUCAAGCUAGAAAAUCUUCAAGAUUUAAAUAUAUUUAUAUCUGUGCCAGAAGUACAGGAGAAGGAUAAAGAAAAAGCGGAUGAAGUCAUGCUAAAGUCUAUAAAAGCGUGGUAUCCGACAACAGUUUCUACAGGCACUGCUGUGUUACGUUACAAUUUGGCUGUGGCUUAUGCUAUACGUGGUGAAUUGGACAAAUCUGGAGAAAUUUUAAAGCAAAUCUGGAUAUCAAAAGAACCAGACUGUGAUAUACCUAUACAAGUGAUAAUGUUAGCUUUGUACAUAGAACUACAAUUAGGUCAUGCAGAUAUUUCAAAAAUCAAUAAUAAAACAACAUUGUCCACAAUAUCGUUAGCGCAAUCAGGAUGUAUCAAGAUAUAUCAAUUGUGGUGUAUAAAUAUUUAAAUACUUUAAUUUUAUGUUAAACUUUUUUAUAUUUUUUUCAUGUAAUUGUAUUUUCAAAAAUACUUAAAAAUAAUUAUAAAGAAAAUAGUAAUUCAUAACAGUUCAGAGAAUUACUUCGUUUGGAGAUGAAUAGUUUAUGAAUUAACAUGAUUUCUAAUUUCAUUUUAUAUAAUUUUAUAGAAUAUAAUUUUAUAGAAAUACAGAAAAUAUAUAUGCGUGUACAUUACGUGCGUGCAUAUGCAUGCAAUAUAAUUUUAAUUGGUCAAAUGUCAUGUAAUAUAUACAUGUAAUAUAUACAUACAUAAUACAUUAUCCUAUAUCUUGUACCAGAUAAUUAAAUAAUAUAUUUUUGUUUUUUCAUUUCAUAUCUAAUUAUACGAUACGUUUUAUAUGUGCA